GAACAGACGUCAAUACUUCAGAAGACUAUCACUCUGGUGGGAUUUUCGAUUUUAGCCCUUUUCACAUUCGGGACCGCACGAUGUGCGGAUUUGUGGACGAGGAAGGUGUUCGUGAUGCAGAUAGGUCCGGAAAUAUUCAACUGGACCACAGAGGGCACAAAAUUUGGGUAUUGGUUCCGAGCAUCCCUUGCCAACUCACCGGAUUUACCAAAUUGGAUGAAUUAUUUAUCCAGUAAAAAUUUACCGAUUGGUUAUCUAUACGGUGUUCCACCUGCACAUACUGAAGAUGUCAAGCUGGAGCUCGUUGGCCUGAGGAAAGACAACUAUGAGACCAGGAGGAAAAUCAUAAACAUUAACAUUAGAGAAAAUUCAGAUCCUGCAAAGUUCUUCGUCGUGCUCAAAAUAGAUAAUCUCAACUUAGAAGACUUGUUUGACAAGGACAGGUUGAACGACUUGCUGAAAAUCUUCACGGAUGAACUUUGGACUGAGAGCAAGUCAGACCUGCAGAUGACUUUAAUUGCUUCUGCUCUGGAGAUGGGAGGGAGACUGCCAUUGCAUCCAAAUGAUGGAGAAGGAGUUGUUGUGCAUCUGGGAAGUACUUCAAAAUAUUCACAGGUCCUUUUAGAUCUCCAAGACGAAGUGAAACCUCUUUACAAGUUCACUUCAUGCCCUAGGGACUUUAAAAGGUCGACAGUUGACCGCCGCUUCAGGCCUAAGAACUUCCUAAUUGACUGGUGUUUCUUCCGUCUGUACAUAUUGCAGGAGAAGAGUGAUGACAGUUUCACCGACAAUGCUCAGUACCAUGAGCCAGAACGAGUUUCAGACAAUGUGAGCUGGAAUCUUGUGAGAAGGGAGAGUCUUCCAAGGAGGCAUUUCGCAAGAGAAAUGCUUACGGUACUGGUCAUCCCGUUUCUCUCACUUUUCCUAUUCAUCGUCCUGCUCAGCUUUGUAUUGUGUUUCCAUUAUGACAAAGUCACUGAUGAUAAAUCAGAUGAUUUCUUUGAGUCUGUUUUUUCAAUUUGUGAAAAUUACUGGAGCGAUAAACAAAGUGUAGAAGACGAUGUUACACUCAUGCAAUACGAGGCUGUACAAAGGGCAACGACCAGUUUACGAUCGUCUGGUUUCAAGUCAGAAGAUAGCCCGAGGCAAAGAAUCGACAAAAAAGAUAACUGCAGACCUAGCCCACCACCGUAUAACUCUGCCAUCAAGAGAAUAAAUUAUAGAGAAUCUUGACAUCAGGAAUUUGAGGACGAACCAAAGACGUGGUAUUGUUGAAAACUGAAAAGUUUUCCACAAUGAAAUAUCAGACACCAACUACUUUUCUUGGCAAAAGUAAAAUGAAUGAUAUUAAAAAUGAAGGGCAGUCUCCCAAAAAAAAAAAUAAAUCUAGAAAACAUAUCUGCUUACAAUAAUCAUAUCAAUGCGAUAAUGAUAGUAACCUCAAUGUUUUUAUGGUAAUAGAAAUAAAAUUCGAGAGAAACAAACUAAAACAAUUUACAAAUGUUUCCUAGAAAUCACUACAAUUUUAGAAAACUAGAAAAAUAUCCUAAACUAUUAUAUAUGUAGUGUAGUGUCACAUAAUUAUCCCUUUUAUAAGCUUAUUUUUUGUUCAUCAAAGCUCAAGAUGUACUAAUAUAUCUUGUUUGCAUUUAUUAUUUUGAAUCUGAUAUUAGAAAAACAAAACAAUGUUGAACUAUAUAUAAUUAGGACUGUAUGAAUAAUUCGAAAACAGUUUUAUAAUUAACAUUAAAUGUUAUCAUUGUUGUAUGUACACUAUGUUGUAAAGAAAAAAGUUGAUAAAUUUGAAGUUGAAAAAAAAAUUAUUUAUUCUUCCAGCCUUAAGUAUAAAUAUAUACUGUGAAGUGUCAUGUACUUGUAUGUUGAUGUUUUUGGAAAAAAAAGCCUAUUUGUAACGUAUGUUGGGCUCAAAUGCAGGGCCACUGGAUUUGAACCUGGGACCUUUUUUACCUUUCAGUGAUGAGCUCAACGCUUAAACCAUUGCAGUCACAAACACCCCAAUCAUGUACUAUUUAUAUCAUUUUUGUUGUUAUUGAG